CCCCCGCCUGUCUCUGCGCCGGCAAGAAGUGGGGCGUGUGGGCAGGGCCGCGUGCCCGACCGGCCCCGCCCCGCCCCGGCCGGAGGGAGACUCGCCGCGGCAGAGAUCUGGGGCAGGCGGGGUGAAGGCUGCUCUCAGCCAGCUGCUGCCGGUGCGUGGAGCGCGGAGAGGCGGAUAGGUAAAACUGGGAAACUAGAAACUAUACUAUCGGGAACUUUAUCUUCUGUAUUCACAGCUGAUAAAAGAGACAGUGGGAUUCUGAUUUCUCAAAUCUUAUUGUGCUGACAAAGCAACAGGGAAAGAAUGCCAAGUUCCAAAAGUAACUUCUUGUUGUCAAGUGACCUUUCAAAUUUCCAGGAAAUGGCAAUAUCAAAUGAGAGAGAGCCUACUGAAAAGAGUACAGCAAGUCUGAUUGAGAACAAUGGCUAUCAAGACUCUGUAUACAUAAAUGCAGCUAAAAUUUUUCAAGGCAUUCGUAAUGAAAAGCCUCAGGAUAAAAUAUUGGUAAGGUAUGGUAAUGAACUAGUGCCAUCCCUACCAGAUUUUAAAGAUGAAUGUUCCCAGCGCUCAUCCUAUGAACUGGCGUUUAGUGCUCUGAAAUAUCAAGAUCUACUUGAAAAUAUAUUGUUAGAUAGCUGCUUUUACCCAUGUCAGUCAAUACCAGAUGAAUUGACCAGUUUAAUUGUUGUGAUGUUGUAUGACCUCCAAGAUCGAAAGUUUCAAGCCCGACAGAUUUCUGAGGAAGAGGAAUCAAUACCAGAAGUCCGAGAUAUAGAACGUUAUCUAUACAGUUUUAAGACCAAACUGGCUGCUGCUUUAGCAAGAUGUCGAAUCAAACAUGAUGCUCUUUCAAUUGAAUAUAUUCUACCAGAAACUCUACGGAAACAGGAACAAAGGGCUUCUGCUUUACCUUUGUAUGCUUGGAUAAAUACAUUAAAAAGCAGCCUUGAAGACAUUUACAAAGAAUUGAAAAAAGAGGGAUUCACAAAAGUUGAAUCUGUGUCAGAUUUUGAAGGUUAUACUUACUGUCUGGACAAACACUGCCAUGAUGUACUGGUUUUUCCUGCCUCUCUCAAAGAAGAAAUACUUAAUUUGGAACUUUUCACAAGUUAUAAACUCAUUUUACAGGAUAAGUCUCGCAGCCUCGCUGUACAUUCUGUGAAGGCCUUAUUAAACAUGGAUGAUGACAUCAUAGUAGCUCAUAUGGGUUCACGGCUGACUGCUGCCCACAUGUCAGUGUUGUCAAAUCAGAGCACAUCCAAAGUUUUUGUAUGUGGCGUAAAAUCGCAGGCAAAGGAAGUUGAACUGAAGGAGCUGUUCACACGCAUGGAAUGUGGAAACAUUGAGCUACUACAUGAGGAUUUUACUGAUAUUAAACCAACAGAUCAAAGACUGCAAAAGGCUAAAGUUAUUUUGCUGCUACCUCGGUGCUCGGGAUUGGGUGUUAGUAAUCCAAUAGAAUUUAUUCUAAAUGAACAUGAAGAUGCAGGAUUGCUGAGAGACCUUUCUCAAGGAUCUGUAGCUGAAAAUAAACUCCAUAUUCUUGCUGAGAGGCAGCUUCAGGAGUUAAUGCACGCAAUGCGAUUUAAUAAAGUGCAAGCCAUUGUCUACUGCACUUGUUCAGUUUAUCCAGAAGAAAAUGACGCAGUAUUGAACAAAGCACUGGAAUCUGGAGUGGAAGGAAGUAAAGCACAGCCUUAUAGACUUAGUCCUUCUCUGUGGUGCAACUCAGAAAUAGAGGGCCCUUCUGAUAUUUUUUUCAAAAUGGAACCUUCAGAGAUUUCCAAUUGCUGUUUUUUAGCUGUUCUAGCAAGACAGAGGGAUCCAGCUGAAGUAAUGUCUGUACAAGACAUUUUGGCUCGUGCUGCAGCAAAGGGACUACUAGAAGGUCUUGAUAUAGGAAAAUCAUCAAAGAGAGAAGAGAAGAGGAAGAAAAAAUCAAAAGUAACACAGCAAAGAAAUGUUCCUAAAGAUACUGGGGUACAAACAAACAUUAUAGAGUUCCUGAACCGAGAAAUGAUUAAUACUAAUUCUGAAGUUUCACCAAUUAAAGCAAUUAGUGGGCCACAAAAAAAUGUGAACCAAACAAACAGUUCCAUUCAGCGGAAGAAAAUGACCAAACCCAUCUCAAACUCAUCCCUGCCAGGAAUGCUGAAGAACACACCCAAUCUGUCAUCUAUGAGUAAGGUGUUUGAGAGACGGACACACAUUAGAAAGCCACGGGCAGAAGAUAAAAUGGUUGUAUUGAAACCUGUGGAGAUAGUUCUGCCUCCAGUAAUGGUGCCAUACUUCAAUCCACAAGGGAACAAAUCUCAAAUUUCAGCUCAACAUUAUUACUAUCGCUGGAUUGGAGUAGAGAGCUCAGCACCUGACUUAUUUAUACCUUCUUUAUCAAAAAAAUUGGUCAAACCAAAAGAAACUUUACCUUCAACUAUGGUUAAGCAUCCUCGACCAUGGAUUUGAAAAUAGACUUUUGUAACUGGUUCAUAGUUAUUUCUUCAAAGUUUGAAAUUAUAUUGCUAUAGUGGUAAACAUUCCUGUAUAAGUUGAUUCACACACUUAGAUGCCAGGGUAUAUCCAUGCAGGCCACUACUUACCUUUAGGGAACAUUUAUAAUUAAUACUCUUUUCUUGGCUAUUAUGGAAAUAGCAGGGGGAUGUUUUGCUAAAGAGUCUCUAUUACAUAGUUGUUUCAGUCCAGCUAUUAAAUUCUGAAUGUCAAAAUGCACGUAAAGUAACAACUACAAUAGAUAAUUCAAAUCCCUUAGGGGUGAGCUCAAAAUUAGCUAAUUGCUAAUCAGUAGAACGUGACAUGUUGAAACAUGCCUUCUGUACAUAUCUGGGCAUACUUAAUUUUAAAAGUAAUCUUUGCAAGUUUUGUUCAGUGGUCUAAAAGUUCACAUAGCAACAAUGAAAUUAAAUGGUUGUCUGCGCUUACAAUUUUCAGCUACCAUCUUGUUGAAAAGUGUCAUUAUUUAUGACCAUGGCAUAUGGAAGCGGAUCAUCAAAAUUAUUAUUCAGCCUGUUUUUUCUAAAAAUAGGUCUGGAUUUUUCGCAUGCCUACAUUGUAUGCACUUGCGUUGAACAUUUUGUGCACAGCUGGUGAGCACACAAAUGCCCCAGUUCAGUCAGAUGUGCUUUAGGAAGCAACAGAGGAAAUUUAAAAACAAAAAAAUUGAAUAGAAAAUUUCAUUUUAACACUAGACAGGUAUGUUGAUGCUAAAAUGAAUUCUGAAUUAUCUCUGACAUGUCACAGUACUGUCAUGGUUUAUAAAAAUCAUAAUUGUCAGCCUAAUGGGGACUGGUAAAAGGAAGCUCAAAUGUUGCUUUUUAUGAAACUGCUUUCUAUGAGCAGUAACAAUUCAGAAAUGGUGAAAGUGCUGCUUAUUCUGCAUCCUGAUAGUUCACAAAUGUCAAGCAAAAUAGGAACACUUAAUACCAAUAUUAUAUUAUUCAUCUGAAUAAUGACAGCAAGUUUUUUGGUUUACAUUUACAUGAUUCUAACAAUUUUUUUGGAAACAUUGGUGAUUGAGCGGGAAAAUGAUAAACAGCAUUUCUAAUUAUAUGUAAAGAUCAGGUUGCAAGUUAAACUAUAAAUCAUUUUAAAUAGUAUAUAUUAACUGUCAGUCAUUUCUGUCUAAGUUUAAUAUGUGGUUACAUCUUGCUAAGUAUAUUGAGAUGUCAAUCUAUUAAAGUAUUUAACUGUAGGAACCUAGAAUUGUUUAUCACAUUCUCAGUCGUUCCAGUGGACCAACUUUUUUUUUUUUUUUUUUUUUUAAAGCAAGACGAAAUAAGGUUUUCUUAACCAUAACCGUAACCAUCUUAACUCUGAAAUUUGGGUGGAACUUCAGAACUUCUUUCCUGUUUGAAAUGAUUAGUGGAUAUUUGUAUUCAAAUUGCUCUUACUAGCUUAAGAUAUUUAACCCAACUAGCAACUUCAGAAGUAUUAUGCAACGUAUUUUUUAAUAGGAUUGGUUUUAUUAACUUUCUAUCCAAUUUAUAAUUUAAAUCAGAAGUGUGUACUUCAUAAAUAUUAAAAGUAUUCCUCCCCCCCCCCAUUUCACUUGGGUCCAGUGUAUUGGUACCUUUACUAAACUGUCCUAGUUCUCCAAUAAAAUAAAGUAGGAGGUA